ACCAGGAGUCUAAUGAGGUGUCUCCAUAGUUGGAGUGGACACAAAUGAUCCAGCUGUGAGCGCUGGGUAGGAGACAAAAACUAUAUGUAGCACAUCCUCACCUGAGGGCAAAACAGACACAGUCUCCACAGGACCUUGACUUUAGUCCACAUUUACACUUUACCAAGACAGAGGAGACAAACUACGCAGAGCUGAGAAGAGGCCUCGGCACUGGAAACUACUGAAUCCACAAACACUGACAAGCGUGUUAAACAAACAUGAGCAUGGGGAGUCCUGGCUGCGAGCACACAGGCUACACUGUGCACUCGCCUCUCUACAUCAGCCACCCCAACACUGACACCAGGAUGGCCUGGCUGGACCAGGCAGAGGACAUCAAGCCGCCCCGCAGCUUGCUGGGGCUCCCUGAGCUCAGCUGGCCGGGGGUCUACCUCCCCUGCUACGACAGAUCAGCUAUAGAGGAGAACCCCUGGGUGCUGAGGAUGACAGAGGCCCCGGCUCCCACUGCUCCUCCCUCCAGGACUCCGGAGCUGAGUCCAGCCAAGCCGAGCCAUCCCCAGGAGCCCCCCUCUGAGAUGGAGGGUCAGGUGGAGGAGCGCUGUCUGGAGCAGGUGCAGACCAUGGUGGUGGGAGAGGUGCUGAAGGAUGUCGACACGGCUUGCAAACUGCUCAACAUUGCACCAGACCCGCUGGACUGGAGCUGUAUGCACGUUCAGAAGUGGCUCCUCUGGACCGAGCACCUGUACAGGCUGACGCAGGUCAGCACCAUGUUUCAGGAGCUGAGCGGGAGGGAUCUGUGCUCCAUGACAGAAGCAGACUUCAGACAGCGCUCCUCGCAGUUUGGGGACAUGCUGUAUGCUCAUCUGGACAUCUGGAGAUCUGCUGCAGCAAUGAAGGAGUGCUGCCUGCCAGAGGAGGACAGCAAAUCUGUCUCUCCUACGUCAGCAGCUGAUGAUGAUUCCUGGUCAGAUGUGAUGCAUAACUACCCCAGCCAGCCCAUCCACCUGUGGCAGUUCCUCCGAGAGCUGCUCCUCAAGCCUCAUAACUACAGCCGCUGCAUCCGCUGGCUCAACAAAGAGAAAGGGAUUUUCAAAAUAGAAGACUCCGCUCUGGUGGCCAGGCUAUGGGGCAUCAGGAAGAACCGCCCGGCUAUGAACUAUGACAAACUGAGUCGCUCUAUACGCCAGUACUACAAGAAAGGCAUCAUUCGAAAGCCCGAUGUGUCACGCAGACUCGUCUACCAGUUCGUCAACCCCGUAUGAUGACGAGGAUCGGCUGAUCCGAGGAGAACAAGCUGAGGAGGAACCGAAGAUAUGCUGGACAUACAGUAGAAGUAACAUGAACUCUGAGGCUUGUUCGUUGUACUUUACGGUUCAUUUCAUUUGUAAAGACUGCCUACUAAACUAUGCACUCCUGCCUAUCAUCAUAUCACUCUACUUAAUUUUUCUUAAAGCUCGAUUUUAUUUUAUUUGUCCCUUUAGCACUCUUCUUUGAAAUUUAUUUUUUGGUGUGUUGUUUGAUUUCUCAAAUAGACACAUUUCUUUUUUGAACUAUGGAAACAUUUAAAGGACAUAAUGCUUAUUUGCUUCUCAGUUGAGAGUUAGAUGAGAAGAUAUCACUCUGUAUCUGUAUAAUUAAUAUGUUGCUGAAGCCAGCAGGCGGCCAUCUUAGCUUAGCAUGAAGACAGGAAACAGCUAGCCCGGCUCUGUCCAAAGGUUAAAAACAAGCUCAGUAUUCAACACUUUAUAUCGUUACCUUGUUUGUCUAGUAAGCUUAAAAGGUGCUGGUUGGUGAGUUUCAAUAUCUUUGGAGAGAGCUAAGCUCGCUCUUUCAAGUCUUCAGGCUAAGCUAAGAUGGCCGCCUGAUGGCUCCAGCUAGCAUAGUAACAUGAAUGAAAUCAAACUUCCCGUUUAACUCUCGACAAAAAAGCGAACAAGCAGUAUUCCCCAAAAUGUUAAACUAUUCUUUUAAUUCCUCUUUUUUUUAAACAAUGACACUUCUUAUUGUUAUUUGUGUCGAUAUUUAAAAGUUGCAGAGCAAUGCCAAAGUAAGUGAAUAUUUUAUUGAAUCUGCCUUGAUUUAUAAUCCUUUUUACAUUUCUAUCUUUGGGAUUAUGUUCAGGAUCCAGAAUAAAGCAAUA